GCUGGACUUGUGAUAAGCGGCGGCGUCAGUCGUGACCGGUGUGUGCGCUCUUGAUUUCUGAGAUGCUGGAAAGAUAGCGAGACUGACGGGAUGGCAGGAAUCAUUAAAAAGCAGAUCCUGAAGCAUUUGUCCCGGUUCACUAAGAACCUCUCCCCAGAUAAGAUCAACCUGAGCACGCUGAAGGGAGAGGGCCAGCUGUCCAACCUGGAGCUGGAUGAGGAGGUCCUGCAGAACAUGCUGGAUCUGCCCACCUGGCUGGCCGUCACUCGCGUCUACUGCAACAAAGCAGCUAUAAGGAUACAAUGGACGAAGCUGAAGACAAGCCCCAUAUGUUUGUUCCUGGACAAAGUGGAAGUUGAGAUGAGGACGUGUGAGGAACCCCGGCCCCCCAAUGGCCCCUCCCCGAUUGCCAUUACUGCAGGUCAAAGCGAGUAUGGCUUUGCUGAGAAGGUUGUGGAAGGAAUGUCUGUGAUCAUCAACUCCAUCACCAUUAAAGUGCAGGCACAAGCAUUCCAUGCCUCCUUUGAGCUCUGGCAGCUCCAGGGCUGUAGCCUCAAUCCCAAAUGGCAGAAGAGUGACCUGCGCAACACCCGUAUUACCCAUCCCAAGAGAGGAGAGGUCCUCACUUUCAAGGAGAUCAAUUGGCAGAGCCUGCGCAUUGAGGCAGAUGCAAUAGAGAGUGAUGAGCAGGAUCUGGCCAGCACGCCACUGCGCCUCAUUACCAAUCAAGGACGCAUACGUAUUGCUCUCAAACGCAGGGUGAAGGACUGUAAUGUGUUGGCCUCUAAGCUGCUGUUUAUACUGGAUGACUUGCUCUGGGUGCUGACUGACUCUCAGCUCAAGGCCAUCAUACACUAUGCCAAGUCUUUGAGUGAGGCCAUGGAGAAAUCAGCACAGCAGAGGAAGAGUAUGGCUGCUGAAAAACUACAGACUGCCCCUCCCUCUCCUGGGAUCCACUCUCUGUGGACUGAACCUCCUUCGCCUCGAUCCGUCAAGACCCACAGCACACUGGCCCAGUAUUUUGACCUCCAUGAUGUCAAAGAAUCGUCCUAUCACACCUUUAUUUCUCGUCUUGACCUGCAUAUCUGCAACAACAGCUCUUCAGAGACCGUUGAAGCUCCACCUCCAGGCACGCAGGGUGCUAUGCAGCUGACAUUACGAAAGCUGGGCUGUGACUACUACCCUUUCCACAGACCAGGUGACGGCUGUCAGCACUGGGAACGUCACUGCGGGGCGAUGGAGUCUCGUGCUCAGUGGGCAGCUAAACUGCUUCAGGAGUUCCAGAGGAGAGUGGAAGAUCUCGGCAUCCCUGGACCUCAUUCAGAAAAACCUGCAUCUGCUAAAGACUCUCCAGCCAAACGGGUCAAAGAGGGGGAACCCCUGUCCAGUGUCAGUCCCGAACGGGCUCAGACCUCUCGGCGGAGUUCAGCAACCGCCCCGCCCACAGGAACCCCACUAAAGAGACUUCGCUCCAGCUGUAUGGUGAUCCGUGUGGACGAUCUGGACAUCUAUCAGGUGUCCACCAGAGGGCGUCACAGCAAGAGAACUCAAUCUUUUCUCUCCUGUAACCGCAAAUCCCUACAUCUCCCAGACAACACUCCUGCAAUCCACCUUCAGUUCACAGAGUACUACUACCCUGAUAAUCCUGGGCUUCCUGUACCCUGCUCUAAUCUUUAUGCCCAGCUGAAUGGUCUACAACUAUGUCUGGAUGCUCCGAGUGUACUGUGGUUGACUCUAUUCUCACGGGGUCUACACAGGACACUGGAUCAGGUCAAAGCCUUUUACCACCUCCAAGACAGUAGCAAGAGCGACGAACACAUCGAUAUUCGCAUGGAUGCAACACGACUGAAGUUGAUCAUUCCUCUGGAAUCCUCCAUUCUGAACCACCCAGACCGCCCUCAGUCGCUGAGCAUCAGUCUUCCUCAAAUCGUCCUCGGCAACACUCGCCACUCUCCUCAAGGUUCCUGCAUUGACCUAAACAGCACCUACAACAGUUUCUCUGGUUGUCCUUUCUUCCAACCCAUUGAGUGCCAACCGUUCCCUCUUGACCAGAGCGUCCUACAUCCCCUGCCAUCCGCAUUCCUUCAACACUCUCUGGAAAACGAACCCCUUCUCCGACCCUCUCGCUCUCAAGACAUCUGGUCUGUCAGUUUAUCCAGAUUGACUCUAGGCUUCGAGGGGGGUCGUCGAGGUCUCAGGGGGAAAGCCCUCCCCUUUGUGGAGCCAUUUUCAAUGUCUUUGUGGAUUUGCCACCCUUCUGCCUUCAAAAAAGAUUCUCAUUGUUUGAGUAUAGAUGGAGACUCAAAGUCCCCAACAUGUUCUAGUAAACACCCCCUUCCAGGUUCUCCACAAGAUAUCAGUGACACUAUAUCUGAUCAAGUCCACCAUACCAAUGGACUAGUCAACUCUCCCAUGGCCUCCAUCCAUAUCUUGGCCCAGUCUAUCACUCCAGUCAAAAUGUGGCUCAACCACUACCAGUUUGUUGCACUAUUGAGGAUGAAGGACUGCCUCUCCAGACUAGCUGGAGAUUUGAGCAAGGAUGUCCAGGGUUUGAGGCGUUCAGAACAUAAAGGAGACGAUACUCCUUCAGUGUGCGUUUCAGUCCUGAUGGAGGCAAUAGAGCUCGGUCUGCUGCUUCCUCCUUCAGUAUGCGAGCCCAAAGUUGAAGCACAGUCUCCAGAGGACACAGACACUCAAAGCCUGACAGACUCCGAUAUCUCGCCAACGUACCUCCCCAGUGUGCCUGGGCUGCUGGAGGACAGUGGGCUGGGGGGGAAUGGGUCGAUCUCUGUCCAUCAGGAGGAUGAUGCAGAGCAGGACGGGUUGGUGGAGGAGGCUUGUGAAGCUGUUGAGGAGGGAAUCGAUAGACCAACAGGGCAAGAAAAUGAAGCUCAGGCCAUUGCUUCUGCCCAGUCACCACCUCUUUCUCCAGGGAUCCCUGCAGGAUUGUCCCGACAAGGCUCUACUUUCAGUCUUGAGGGGGAGCUGUCCAGUGCCCUGAAUGCCACCAAAGGUGUGACUAAAGAUGCACUCAGCGCCUCCAUGGAUCUCACCAAGGGGGCGCUGUCCAUCACAAAAGAUGCCUUCAGUCUUCUGAGCAGAGGGUCUGCCAUGACGAAGCUGUUCACUCCUCAAAACAAGGAGCAACGCUUGCGGCCAGAGGAGUCCAGUCUCUCCAUCAUUGGGAACCUGCGGCUUCAGUCCAUGAAACAGUCUCCAUCCCAAAAUUCCUGUGAUAGUGCCAUUCUAGAGGAGAGCUUGGCAGACGAUGGUUUAUCUAUUGACAGUGACAUCAGUGAAAACUUUGUCAUCCUCAUGGACUCUGAUAUGGAGUCUUUGCGUCCUAAUGGUACAGCUAUUCACUCAAGCAGUGGUGUUAGUCGUGCUCCACGGACAGAAGGAGGGUCAUCAGCAGACCUCAGCAGCUCUCUGUCCCACAGCACAGAAGAUAUUGCUCAAGACAUGGUGUCUGUGUUAGUUUUGUGCCUGAACCGGAUUGGAUGCCUUACAGAGAUGCGUGGCGAAGAUAUUGUGGUGGCGCUGGAAGCCAAGGAGCUUGUGUCUAAACAACUUGGCAACUAUAAAGUCACAGACCUGCUGGCAGGACUGACAUUAACACAAGGUGGCUCUGCCUCCAGUGCUCCUGUUUCUCCUGGCCCUCAAUCCCUCUCGGGCCCGCCUGCAGCAGCAGUCAGAUUGGAGAUUGGGCCAAGUGCAGGCAGACACACUCCUCUGUCUGAGAGUGUAGGGUUCAUGGAGAUGUGUUUGACAGGAUGCAGGGCUGAGCUCUCGGCUUCUACCUUAAGCACUCUGGGGCCCUUCCUGGAGGAUGAACUCUGCACAGACACGCAGCCAAUGAGACUGUGGGUGUGGGACACAACCGUUACACUGAAGGAUGAUUGUCCUCGAGUCUACCCGACUGCUCCUCAGCCAGUUCCUGUACUCUUCUCUCUAGACGGCAUUGUGCUGGAGCGUUUAGAUGAUGGAAUAGUCAGCUUGAGACCUGCUCAAAGCCAAUCUAGGAUUGAGACAGAAGUGGACAGAGAGGCAACUGGCCAAUGCAGCUCUGGAGCUCAAGAGAAGAACAAGUUUUUGGAGUCCAGACUCGCUGAUGUCCAAUCAGCUCUUGAGAAAGCUCUCUCUGACCGAGAUCGCCUCCUACAGGAAGUCAGGAAAUGCAACCCUGCCUUCACCUUAUGAUCUAGAGUGGAAAAGUAAAUAGACUUCAAUCCAAACAAGGUGCAGAAUAACGUGUUUUCACCUAGAUAAACCAGAAGAGGAAAGAUGUUUGCCUUCACUGACUCUGUUCGCUUUCUCUACCUUUUAAUCUCUCUAAUGUAUGAGUGUAAAUCAGAUGACAUCAAUAUCUCUUCUCACUGUGUGAAUGCCCUCUAUUGAUUCUUCCUGUAUAGUGAAUUUUUUCUCUGUUUCUAACUGAACCUUAUUAAUGCACCAACUUCCCAGUUGGUGAAUGACUGAUGUAAACCAAGACUGAUCAAACUCUUUCACUGCCGGAGACCCUCCCUCCUGCACAAUUUCCUCACUUUUGGUCAGCAUGAUUUUAUACAGAUGUCCUAGUGUCUCGUGUCUUUUUGUUUGUUACCAUGGCUAAGAAGUGCUGCUAGAUGUAAGCGCUAUUCCAAAACCUAGUGAGCUGCCUACCUUGACAGCAUUUUAAAGCAUCAUAGGUACGUUUCUGAUGCGUGGGCUGCUACAUAAGUUAGGCAGACAAAUUAUUCUGCCUUUUAAGGUACAUUGUUUAGGCCAAAUUAUAAGACAGCAUUGCAUGUUUCCUUCAUGGACAAGAAUGCAUUGCAGUUAACUAAGUGAAAAUAUUUCUCAAAGAGAGUGGAAGGAGUCGAGAGGAUUUGAUUAACAAUAAAUAUAUUUAAUUCAAUGCUGAAACAUUUUGAAAAUAUCUUAUUCAAAUGGAGUAUUUUACCCCAAAAUUGCAUGUGCUAAACACACGGCCAUCAAUGCUUGAGAUUUUCAACCCAGCGUACACCCUCCUUAAACAAAGAUGGUAACUCUCAAAACUCUCUAAUCUGAUUCCAAAUUAAAAUUAAACCUGGAAAUAAAGUCAUCAUUUUAAAAAUAAUUAACACAAUGAAUAGGAAAUGACCUCUCCUCCCCAUUAAAAAUGGCACUUCAUGUCAAAAAGGUUGUCGAGCUCUGGUCUAGAAGAUUGCCUUUUUUGCAUUUGUUAUUCAAGAGAGGAGCGAAGCACUUUCACUUAAAUGCACUGUAUCACAUAAUGAGUUUAUAUGUGGAUCCAUGUACAACAGAUGGUACUUUUGUCAGAAAACAAAAGUUGUUGUGUCAGUCAGUGCAUCGAGAUUACCUCUAAGUUGCAUCCUUUUCCACUAGAGUACCGAACACAUUUUGCAUUGUGUACAAAUUGUUGGUGUGCUCGCAGAGUAGAAAGUAACAUUUGUGCCAAGGCUGGUGUUCAUAUGAAUUUGUGCACAAGAAAUCUUUAGCCCUUAUCUAAAAGCUUUUGAUUUUAACUGUGAGAUAUUCAGUAUUAUAAUGGUCACUUGUGUCAAUGUUACACACAUUAGUUUUUUAUUUAUUUUUUACAUUGUAAACCGAUUUAAAAACAUUAGUUUUUUGCACACUGUCUGUUACACAAAGUAAAUCACUUUAAGAUGCCUGGGUGAUACGUAUGAUUGGACAACAAUAUUUAUCUAUAUACAUGCUUGCUUGCACUUUUUUUUUUUUUGCAGUCUGCUUGCUCAUGCCUCUCUGAGUUUUUGUGAUAAAACAGUAUUAUGGACCUGAUAUAUUGCCUCAAAGUACGGUUUAAUUUAUUAUUUACCAUCCUAAUCAGCUGGAAAAAUGUAUGUUCUCUAAGCCUGUGUGUGAUAUCAACAUCCAUCCAUUUUCAGAUGAUUGGUUUAGAUUAUUUAAGAGCCAAGGUCUCAAAAUGUAACCCAUAAUCAUUGAUUUAUUGGUUACUUUAAGAAGUUUAACAACAUGAGAUUGCACGAAUGAAAAUGAAAUGUAGCAUUUUAUACACCUAAGCAUUCUCUGUAUUAGUAUUUUGCGAUUUCUGUGUCUUCCAAAAAGAUGUGUAAAGAUACUAAAUUGUAAAGAUAUUUUCUGUAGAUGUAGUCAUUGAAAGGUUAUUCUUAUGGGGGGGAUCAACUACAUUCAGUACAUGGAAAAUAUUUUCUGUUAGUAAUAAUGCAUGGCUUCAAGUCUGUGUUCAGUAACUCAGCAUGUUACACUUUUCUGGUCAUUCAAGCCUUCCACUUUCAAAUAUAAAUAACUUGGAUAUGUUCAGUGUCAUUUUAGAUUCAGAUUAGAUUUUGAACAGAAGCUUUACAAAUUGUUAUUGUUUUUAGGCGUGACGUUGGUACUAAUUUUAUUUCUUUGUGUACAGUUAGAUCAAAUGACUGUAUUAUGAAUGUUUAGGUCACUUGUUUGUUACACUUAAGGGUGUCAGAUGAUGUUGUUACAGUAUAUGCAAAUAUUCUCAAGAACAGAAAGACUGACCUAUUUGUCUUUGGGCCCAGAGUGAAAGUUGUCCCUAUAACGGUCAAUGUAUUUUGCCUUUUGACCUCAUGUGGAUGAAAUGUCAAGGUUUUGUUUGACCCUUCACCUGUUCAUAACAGUAAUACAAUUUCACAUUUUAUAUUACCACCAUUAAAGUACUGUAACAAAAUGAAUAAAAAUGAUAUUUUGUUGGUUCUGUGAACCAUAACU